CGUUGUUUCCCUCUUGUGUGUGUGCGUCCAUGCAUGUGUGUAUGUGUGUGUGUGGUUCUGAAUGCCUGCCUGCAGACGAAAUAGAAGGUAAAGUCGAUUUUUUUUUAGCUCUUUAUGAAGCUUAUGAUAAAUCAGCUGUUCACGGAGGCAUCAGUUAACAAUGGCUCACCGUCUGUUUGAGGGCAAGAAGCAUGCAGCUUCUUACUUAAAGUACAGGGUCUCCCCAUCAGAACAUCUUAUACAACAGGUCCUUGGAUUCCUGGAAAAACGGAAAGCUCGUCCCUUUGAGCUGGCAGUGGAUGUGGGUUGUGGCUCGGGACAGGGCACUCGGCUGCUGGCCCAACACUUUGCUUCCGUGGUGGGGACAGAUGUGAGUCCUGCCCAGCUGGAUUUGGCUGUCCAGUAUGCCCUGGAGGCAAACAUCACAUAUAGAGAGUGUGCGGCUGAGGAGCUGCCGUUGGCUGACAGCUCAGUGGACCUGCUGACGGUUAUGACUGCGUUCCACUGGUUCGACAGGCCACGCUUUCUCCUGGAGGCCCACAGAGUCCUGAAGCCCCGCGGCUGCCUGGCUCUGCUCAGCUACACCAUGGACAUGGAGCUCAGCUACGACGGCUGCUGCUCGCAAGCACUCAACCAAGUCUGCAAAGAGUUUCAUGCAGCUUUAAAACUCUACCGCUACCCUCACAUUGGUCCCAGCACUAUUGAGUUGUACCGGGCGGCGUAUGAAUCCAUCCCUUACCCGGACAAGGAGUGGCAAGAGUGUGUGAGAGUGACAAAGGCCAUGCCUCUGUCCGGCUACAUGGGGAUGAUGGAGUCUUUCUCCAGCUAUCAGAUUCUGCUGAGAGCCGACCCGCAGAAGGCCGAGCAACUCUCCCAGGACAUCUGUCAAAAGCUGAAGUCUGUGAUGCAGGUGACCUCAGCAGAGGCAGAGGUGGUGGUGGCUGUGAAGUAUUACUACCUGCUGGCCUGUAAACCAGAGGAGGCCUGAGUCCGACACCUCUCACACUUUCAACACCGGCCAGCAAUGUCGUGGACACAGGAGAUCUAUGUGUGAGGUUGUUUUAUAAAAUACCACUAGAGGGUGACAUUCGAAUCAAGACUCCAUGUGUUUAUUGUCUCUGCUUUCACUGUCUAUGUUAAUUUUGUUGGGCAGUUUUUCAUGUGGCCUUCAUCCACUUUACAUAAUCUCAGAGACGUAUAUUCUCUUUAUUUGCAGACCACUGUAGUUUUAUUUGCCCUGACUCCUCCACAAUACUGAUUUUGCGUCGAAUCUUCAUUUGAUUUUAUCAGCAGUAAUUAAGAUUUCAAUGAUAGAGGUGAUGGGCCUCAUAGUGGGAUUCUUCUGCUGGAGACAGACACACAUUAGAAACUGGCAGAGAGGAGGCAUUAAGCCUUCUGUCUCAUUGCCUGACUCCACUUGACUGAUAAUGGUGUUCUGAGUGGACGAGUUUGUUUUCCUCCGUAUUUCUCUACACUGUGCCAGCAAGUUGUGCGUCCUCAGCUGUCAGUCACAUGUUCUCAGCUCGACUGAGCCACGUUCCACCUGAUGAAGAGCAGACUGGCGGCUGAGAGGCAGCAAGCGGAGGAGCUGAGGGAAGCUGCAGUGAAGCUGGAUCACCAGGGGACAUUCAAAGAGUCGGCUGAUAGCUGUGGGUCAAACACCUUUCACU